AUGUCAAUGAGAUUACCAUCAUCCUUCGAUUUGAAGGACCAAGAUGAAAGUGAAAUGGAUGUUUUGGACAGAAUGAUUUAUAAAUCAAAGCAACAACCAUUUGUCCCUAUUGGAACAUUAUUAACUACCGGAGCUAUUGUUUUAGCAACCAGAUCAAUUAAAAGAGGUGAAAGAGCAAAAACUCAAAUGUAUUUCCGUUACCGUGUAGGUUUUCAAUUAGCAACUUUAGUAGCUUUAGUAGGUGGAGGUCUUUAUUAUCAAAACGAAACUGCUCAAGCCAAAAAGACAAAAGAAGAUUUAUUAAGAGAAAAAGCCAAAGCAAGAGAGAAAUUAUGGAUUGAAGAGUUAGAAAGAAGAGAUGAAGAGAUCCAAGCUCGUAAGAAAAGAUUAGCCGAUUCGAAAGCCGAAUUACAACAAAUUGCUAAUGACGGAUUUGAUGAAGAAAAAUAUAAGAGAGCUAUUGAGAAGAAAUUGGCUGAAAAAGCUAAUGAAAAGAAUUGA